GAAUCAAGCGGAAGAAAGAAAACCUCCCUCCUGAAAAGCUUCGCAUAACCUGGAAAAGAGAUGCUGUGAAUUGUGAAGCUAAAAUCAAAAUAACGUGGUUAGUGGUAUCGAAUAUGGUUACAAUUGAGAGA